CUCUCGGGCUGCUUAUUAACAACGUCUGCUUUGUUUCCAGGUUUUUGGGUUGAAUCCCUCGUUCUUGUUGAUUUAACAUCACUUCCAGAGCGCUUAUCGUGCUCUAGUGAUACCGAAGCAAUUUGAUGCAUGGUAUCUAAGAAUAUAUCCACUGAUUCUGCAUUCAGUGACGCUGCAAGCUCCCUCAGUGAUCUGCUACCGAUCCCACUAAUUAAGAGAUGGAUGGUGCUUUCCUGUGAGAGACCUAAAUUAUGCAUGAGCGAUUCGAUCAUAGGGCCUGAUCCUAUAUCGUACCAGCGUUUGGCUAUAUUUACCAGCCUUGAUGACGCCGCUAAGAGUGUAACAUCCUCUGGAACCUUAUGUAUCCGUGCUACUUGGUCAACUCUUUGUACCCAUAACUGGACGUUCUCUGAUUCCUUGCCUCCAUAUUCUGGAAUUUGCGAGGCGAGCAAUGAAAUUGCAUGCGAAGAGGACAUUGAUGCAAGGGAACUUCGUUGUGACGGUUGCGAGGAGCUGUGGCUUCGUGGUGUCACCGACUCCUGCACCGGUGGAAGUUGUUCCGUUUGUGCUGGCUGUGGAUUGGUAUUCCUUGCCGUAAGUGCUUGAAGC